UAGGCAGAGAACUCCGGUGACACGUCUGCAAAAUGAUCCCACUCAAAUUGAUUGUUUUUGUUGCCUUGGUUUCCAUUGUUGCUGCCGGACCAUGGGGACAAAUAUGUGCUGGGAAUCCUUCAAACAAAAUAAGGGGCUGUGAUAACAAAGGAUGUGGAAACUACGGCGCUCGAAGGAAAUCAAAAGAUGGCACCAUAAGACGACAUCUAGGGGUGGAUGUUGUAUGCAACGAUGGAUCAACGGUGUAUGCUCCUUUUAGUGGUACUAUUGAGAGACAAGUUAUCCCCUAUAAAUUCAAUAAUGCCAUUAAUAAUGGACUCCAACUCCGUGGAUCAGGUUUCUGCGUAAAAAUGCUCUAUAUCAAGCCUGUUAAAUACCGAGGCCAGAUCACAAAGGGCAACAAAAUUGGAGUAAUGCUGCCAAUGCAAAAAGUAUAUCCUGGUAUAACAUCUCAUGUUCAUAUUGAGAACUGUAACAAAUCAGAUCCUACUGGUAACUUAUAAAUGCAAAGAUAUAUGAAAUGAAAACGUACAAAUUUUCAAACAAAAUCAAGUUUCUUUCCUCCUUCCUAGAGACGCUGCCUAAAAAAAUGUAAUCCAUGGGAAAGGAAAAGAUGUAUUACGCAUACAGCAAAAUAAAAAUGUGUAUGUCA